AUGCUCGGCCCAUCGCUGCAGGAUUUGCGUCUUCUCAGUCAGGAGAGUGUUGCCGUCGGCGCUGAGGAGAGGAGCAGUGCCCUUCGUCGGCGGACUGUAGACAGCUUUGAUCGCAGAGAAGAAGUAAGGGAAUUAACAACAUGCGUGGGCAAAUAGUUCCAUUGGCGAAUGACCCUCUGUGAGAAAAAGUAGGAGCGUUGAUUUGCGUGGCACAGUUCCUUUUUAUCUGGUAAUCGUGUCGUCUGAGAUUAGUCUUUGGUGCCGUUUCAAAUAGAGUUUCCCAGUCGACAUCCAAAUAAAGUCAUCCUAGCAACUGGUACGUUGUUACGAGGUCGCCUCUGCCCUGCCUGUAGUGGAGGGUAUGGGUGUUCAAGGCCGUCAGGCACUGCUCGUACGUAACAUUUUGAGUUCAUGAACAGCCUAUUUGGCACGUCGUUGUACGCCUUCAAGAAUAUCUAUAUUCUUCCAAAGUCACGGCCUCCAAGCCUGUACCGCAUAUCCCAGGUGUGGCCGCACAAAUGUCCCAUAUACCUCGCCAGAGACAUCGGCAUUCAAGUUAAUAAAUGUCCUUUGUAUUGCGCUCAUGACUGACAUCGCCCGCGCUGCUACUUUAUAAUACUGGGGUGUAGGGAUGUCAGCGGUGGGUUCACGUGAUGGCCGUAGUGGUCGCUCACUUGCUUGCAGGUGAGACUACGCCUGGCGUCCAUUUGCUGGCACCCAACUCUCACCUGUGGCUUCACGUAGCUGGGCUCUGCUCAGCGGCCAUACCUCGGGCAACCGUCUCGACCGGCGGGCUAAACCAGGUGAGGGGGCCUUGUGUGCGUUGUGCCGCGUGCACAGGGCAUCGCGGAAUCCGCUGGAUGGAUGGUCAGAUGAAACACUGCGCCGGCAUCGUCGAGACGAGGCUCUGCCUGGUACGCCGUUGGACAGCUGCUGCCGGGACGGGGUCUCCGCAUCGCCUUCGCUGAGACGCGCCCACCCUCGCCGACGGAGACCGCGGACUCACGGCAUAUGCGGUCGUUCUCCACUACAAACAUAAAAGUCGUGGCCCCAUAGUGGGAUUCGGUCGCGCCAACCAGGCACAUGGGCAGCCCGAUUCAGGGGCGGCACUGCCUGCCCCCACUAGGGGAAGGGUCUAGAAAAGGUGGCCUAAAAAAUGCUGGGUACCACGCCGUCUACAUGCUAGCCAGGGCCAGAGACGUCUCAUCAUGGUCGAACCAAUCAAAAUCGAAACAACAACAAUACCAAUAACAACAACAACAACAAUACUCGCUCACCUCCUCAUCCUACCUCUACUUCCUCUUACUCUACCUAUUCUUCUCCUUCGCUGUCUUCUUCUCCACCUCCUUCCCGUCGCCCCACUUGUUGGCACCAGACUGGCAGGGUGAGCCCGCUCACUCUGGCAGCCUGGAAUGUUUGUUCCCUUUUAGACAAUCCGAGGAGCAACCGCCCGGAACGGAGGACGGCGCUAGUGGCCCGGGAGCUGGCGCGCUACAAGGUGGACAUCGCCGCACUCAGCGAGACCCGAUUCUCCGAACAUGGCCAACUGGAGGAGGUGGGUGCCGGUUACACCUUCUGGAGUGGUCGGCCCAGAGCAGAGCGACGAGACGCGGGCGUCGCCUUCGCCAUCCGGAACGACAUCGUGGGACGACUGCCCAGUCUGCCGCAGGGCAUCAACGAUUGCCUGAUGAGCCUCCGUCUGCCUCUCCGGCGGGGGGCAAAAUUCGCCACCAUCAUCAUCGCCUACGCUCCGCCGAUGCCCAGCCCCGACGCCGCCGCAAGAGACAAAUUCUAUGAGGACCUGCACGCCCUCUUGGCGAUUGUGUCGAAGGCGGACAAGUUGAUUGUCCUUGGCGACUUCAAAGCCCGCGUCGGCACAGACCAUACUGCCUGGAGAGGAGUGCUGGGUCCCCACGAUCUCCGCGGCUCCAACAACAACGGCCUGCUGCUCCUCCGCACCUGCGUAGAACACCGCCUCAUCCUGACGAACACGUUCUUCUGUCUGCCGGAGCGAGAGAAGGCCAUCUGGAGGCAUCCUCGGUCGCGUCAGUGGCACCUGUUGGACUAUGUCCUCGUCCGGAGGCGAGAUCAUCGGGACGUGCUGGUGACGAAGGCGAUCGCGGGCGCUGACGGGUGGACUGACCAUCCCCUCGUCAUCUCGAAGAUGUGUAUUCGUCUACAGCCUCGCAGGAGACCACAAGGUAAGCGACCACCAGGUAAGCUGAAUACUGCCUUGUUGUCUUUGCCCGCUCACUAUCUUCAUUUCAGCAAUGAGCUAGCUCCACGGCUAGACAACCUUCCAAUCGCUGCCGCCGACGACGCCGUCGCUGCCGAGAACUACUCCGUGGAGAACCGCUGGUGUCAACUGCGGGACACGGUCCAGUCGACGGCGCUAGCCGUCCUCGGUCGCGCACGCCGCCAACAGCAGGACUGGUUUGACGACAACGACGCCGUCAUCAGCAAUCUGCUCACGGAGAAGAACGGCCAACACAAAGCCUAUGUAGACCACCCCACUGAUGCCAACAAAGCUGCUUUCUACCGCAGUCGCCGCCACCUUCAGCAACGACUGCGCGAGAUGCAGGACGCCUGGACUGCUCGCAAAGCUGAGGAGAUCCAGGGAUACGCAGACCGCAACGAGUGGAAGAAAUUCUUCUCUGCGAUCAAAGCUGUCUACAGUCCGCCGACGAAGGGCACUGCUCCUCUCCUCAGCGCCGACGGCAACACUCUCCUGACUGAGAAGACGCAAAUCCUGCAGCGAUGGGCCGAGCAUUUCUGA